GUCUAAUCUCGUGGAAGUGUUUUUGUUAUUGUGUCUUAAAAUUUAUCAGAAAGAGUGUUAAAUUGUGAUGCAUAGAUUGGCUUGAUAUACAGUUUUGUAUUUUGACUUUAAGUGAUAUCAAUGAUUCUAAUAUAUUAUAUGUCCUUAUUCUAGUGCUCUGAAUAGUUAAUAUAAUAUCGAAAGUCAUCGUGAAUAAUAAUUAUCAACUGGAUCAGUGGAUUUGAAUUCUGUGGUGUGUUUUCCAUUAUGUAAUUGGAAGAUGAAAUUGACCUAGUUAAUUAAUUUCAUAACAAUGUGUAAUAGUGGUGGUGUGUAGUAUUACUUAUACACAAACAAAAUAAUAAACAUUGUAAGCGACACGUGGGCCUCAGUGAAUUAAAAUCGAUAAAGACGUAAGCGCGCGCCUGUGUACUAAGAGGCGAUUCUACGUCCAAGGUCAAUCUAUAUAAACACGUGCAAUGUCGGAUUCUAUUUACAAUCAUGACUUUCUUUUAGAUUCAAAUUUUGAGAUUAAACAGGAGUCGCCCUUCGAGCUGGGUACGAUGUCUGCUUCCGUGCCCAUUCCAAAUAGACGUUCAGAUUUUGGGGACUUGAAUUCAGAAUUUGAUCUUUGUUUACAAGAUACUCAAGGGGGUUCAUUUCACAGUGUACCCUCACUGCAGUUCAACAAGUUUGCAUUUGAUGAUAAUAGCACUAAACUUGAACCAUAUAAGAUGGAGGAUGAUGAUAUUUUCCAAGUAGACAAAGCAGAUUUAAUAUCUGGGCCAACACUAGCAGAGUUAAAUGCAAAUCCUGACACAUCCCUUGAUGAUUUAGACUUUGCAGAUUUGCUAAUGCCUGAAGAAUACUGUAUACAAAUAGGCGGUGCAAUGAGCGGUUCUAGAAAUGCAUUAAACUCAUUACAGACAGCUCCAAUGACCUCUGAAAGUCCAUGUAGUCCAUAUAGUCGAGCUCAGCUGGCAUUUUCUCCAUCAAGUCAGCACAGUUCUGCUUCAUCAAGUUUUGCACAGCCAAUGAAUCAGUUGCCAGAACUGCUACUGCGUAUGGAUGGUUACAGUGGAGAAAUUUCAUUGGGACAGUCAGUUCCAGCGUCUUCAGUUUUGCCACCCUUCCCAACCAGUGUAAAAACCCAACAGUCAACACUCUCUUCAUCAGCACCAACACAUUUAACUAUGGAACAGAUAUGGCAGCGUCGGGAACCGCGCAAGCAUCUAUUAUCCACCAGUUCUGUGGCUGAGGCUGGGUCUAUGUCUUCUUUAUCUGGUGGUAUCCUGAGUCCAGGGGCUGGGGAGUUUUCACAAGACGAAGACGAUAGAGAUGAAUCCGAUGAAGAUAGUGACAGAUACGAGGAUCUAUCUUCUGAUGAAUCAAAUGACGAGAGUACAGAGAAGAGAGAGGCUCGUCAGGCUGCUAAAAAGGAAAGGUACUUCUGGCAGUACAACGUCCAAGCGAAAGGCCCAAAGGGACAGAGACUGGUGCUGAAGAAGAAGUCAGAAGACCCACACAUACUGAACUUAGUCACCGAUCCAGUUUUCAGCCCCAACUGUAAUGUCAAAGGAAUUAAACACAGUGGUAAAGCGAGAAAAGGGGACGGGAACGACCUUACACCGAAUCCAAGGAAACUAUAUCUCAUUGGUUUAGAAUUGGACAACUUAGGCAAAGUAAUUAAUGACAUGAUACCGGUCAGCGAGUUGCCGUUCAAUGUCCGGCCAAAAACCAGAAAGGAGAAAAAUAAAUUGGCCUCACGCGCUUGCCGGCUAAAGAAGAAGGCGCAACACGAAGCCAAUAAACUGAAAUUGUAUGGACUGCAACAGGAGCAUAAACGUUUAAUAAAUGGUAUUCACCAAAUGAAACAAGUGAUUGGGAACCGUGUGACAAACCCGGAGAACAAUGUUGAAUGGAGCUCGCACCUUAAUAAUAUUGUCACCAAAGCAACUGAGGUGAAAAUUGCUGGCAAAACGUCGGAAUUCGUGAACGAAAUCCUCGAUAAAGUUCGAGCGGGACAGAACAAUGGCGGCCUUUACGAUAUUUAAGGCGCCUCACACACGAACGUAAGGCUGUUUAUGUACCUCCAAAGUUAUCUCUAAAACCUUGUCCAAGACAUUUUGUAUUAGUCAUUAGUUUCGAACGGCAACUAGCGAUUUAGGAAGGGUCCAUUGUAGUAAUAUACAACUUUUAUCACAUUUCUUUUCUGAAUUCUCUUAAAAUAAAUUAAAACUGUGUCUUAGGGCCGUUAUAGUGUGAUUAUUGUAAACUCCACUCCGAGGUGUACAUAAAAAUAUAUAUAUGUCGGAGCAAAUGGUUGUAUCGGCUGAAAUUUCAAUUAUAAUUUAAUAAUAUCAAAGUCAAUUAUCAAUCAACGACUAUUUAAUGGUCGAUAAUUUAUAGAUCUAGCAACACUGACAACUUAAAAAAAAACAUGCCUAUUAACGGUUUAGAACUAAUUUGACUUGAAAAUGGCGCCAUUGCUCCGACAUAUAUUUACCAAAUUUUUAAAUAUAGUUAUUACAAUCGACCCAAUUUUGCCAUAAUCUAGGUAUUGAUAUAGAUAUAAGCGUAUUGUUAUACCAAAUAGUGGUUAAAAUUAGUUAUGUUUAUACAUUUUAUUGCAUAGCUUAUUUUACUCAUAAAAAUACACAUUUUGGAUCUUCUGUGAGAAACUGUGAUGAAAAAGUUUGGCAUGGCCUAAAGGUCUAGAUACCAAGUCAUAAACUCCAAAAAAAAAAGUUUGGCUAGUUCUUGUGAGUGGCCUUUUAACGGGCGAACUCAGCCUUUUACUUUCAAAAUGCUAAUAAGUGCCAAAAUGAAUUAUUUUGCAGACCAAAAUAUAUUUUUCGAUAUGAGGUUUGAGAUUUAUAUAUAAUUUAUUUUUAUACUAAUAUGGAACUUUAUUUAUUGUUAUUUUAUGAGUAAAAUAUAUUUUCUUCAUUGCUAAUAAAACUGCAUAUACCCAUAUAAAUGUCCAACCUAUACGCGUAAUUUAAUUUCAUAUAAUAACAUUUACACAAAAAAUUAAAUGUUCGUGAAAUUGUAUGAAGGAAUUCCUACAUGCAUUAUACGGUUACUAUAUCCCCAAGUACAUCUUACGUGCUCACUCGAGGCGUAGGGAUGUUUCAACACUAAUUUGAGCUUGAUUUUUUCUUAAAAGAAAAAUAGCAAGUUUAAUCUACAUUUUCUUACUCAAUCCCCACAGAUAUCUGCAUGAUCGUCAAUAAACCAAUGCCGUUAUGGCGCUAAUAUGUAGUUGUUUACGAAAAUAAAAUAAAUUAAAAACUUAUUAUAAUGGUUAAAGUAUAUUUUAAAACUGGAAAGGUUAAGGAAAUUAUUAAUAAUUUUAUAGGAUAAAAUAAGAAAAAUUAUAAAUUUUCUAAAGAUUUCAUAAUCACAUGUCUUUACAGGUUUAUUUGAUUAAAAUAAGAUAAGGUUUUUUUGCAGUAACACUUUAAGGUACAUCUAGGUCUGGUAACCCUAUAAAUAUAUAGUAGUGUUGUGGGUUAGAAGUAUAUUUAUGUCACUUUCACCUUCAUAUUAUUGUCUACCCGCGGCUACUAUGUGGGUAGUAACAAAAUAGGUAUUCAACCAAUAAUUAUUAAAAAUGAACCGUAUUAUCAAGUUUUAAACUCAUGUAGCGCCAUCUAGUGACUUAAGUUUCGUUAAUAAGUCAUAAUGGACAAAAGUAAAACAUACUUGCAUUUAUAAAAUAGGAUAUAUUUAGUUUUGACAGUUGUAUGACAUUUCCCUUAAACGAUGAGUAAAAUAACAGAAACGUAGCUCGACUUUUGUAAACCUAACAUGGGCAGCGUUCCGUGAGCGUAUUUGGAUCUAAAUUUUCAUCGAACAGUAUCCAUUUAGUCUACGAAAAAACUGUACGAAUUCAAUCAAUUGACUAUUUCGAUAAGCUGUUUAUAUUCUGGUGCUAAUCAAAUUAGACGAUGGGUUAUCAUAAACUUCACCCUUUUUUAGCAAGCGUUACAAUUGGGCUCAAAAUAUAUUUUCGUUUAAAAGAAGUGCAUUUAUAUAGGCAACUGAUCUUAAAUUUGAUUAAACCAUUUUGUUGCAUUGUUUUGUAAUAACAGGGUUCAUAUCAAAACCUUUAGUAAAUAAUUAAAUUAAUUUAGCCUGCAUACAUAUCUCAUACUAAUGAUCACUCAUUUGAAUAAGAUCUUAGCUCGUAAAAAGUAUAUUUUAUAUUUAAAUUGGUAAAAUAUAGAUUAAGGAUUUUAAACAGAAUUUUACUGUGUGUGAUAAUUUACAUGUUUAAUGAUAUUUUUGUUUAAAUAAAUGUGUAUAUAUUAAAAAUAUGUACUAUUUUGUCAUGUGUAGUGCGUAGAAAUAAAAAUAAUAUUGAAAUAUAAGGCCUAGUUUUGUAAUAUGAGUGUACACUGUGUAAAAGAGUUUCAAUAUUUUGAAUUGCAUUAUUUAUAAAGUCAUAUAUACAAACAUAUAAAAUGUUUUUGUAGUUUAUUAGAAAGCGGAAAAUGCUAAAAAAAUCGAAUUUUUCUAUUAACACUUUAUGAUUGUUUAGUUUGUAAUGUUUUUUAUUCGUUAAGUUUUUUAAUAAUAUCAUAUAUAUUAUAUAUUCCCUCAGCCAAUUGUUCAAAAAGAUAAUAUUUACAUGUUAUUAAAAUUUUAAAACUUUAUAGGGCCUCAAAGUCAUCUGAAGUUAAAAGUACAGUUGAAAUGUUUAUAAAGCUAUUUUUACUUGAUCUGAUAAGCUUGUGGUAUAAAUUGUAUUCAUAUGUCAAUCUUAAGUUGCCUUAUGCAAAAUAUUCUAAUUUUAAAAUAUGCUUGCAAUAUGUUAUGUUUGAUAUUAAAAUUUAUUCAUUUUAAAAAGAUUUCAUUUUUUUUGUUACACAAACAGGAUCAUAAAUAUAUACAAUACAGGAUAUAUAAAAUCUUAGUUUGUGUUGUAACCACUGUCAAAGUCUGUGCAUGAAGAGAACUGGCAUGGGAGUGUGUUAAAUAAUAUAAUUCUUAUUUGCUACAAGUCCAAUAGUAUUUAAAUAAUAUACAUUAAAAUUGUCAUAUAAUCAAGAUCAUUAUUUUUGCACAGACUAAUAGAUAAUUAUUAACACCAAAGUUGACCUUGUAAGUGGUCAAAAUCAAAUAUUAAAUUUCUUUGCACUUAAGAGUUUUUAAACAAAACAUAUUUUUAUCUUAAACCAAACACGAGUGGUCUGCGAUUUAAUAGGCUGUGCUUAUUUGUAUAGUUUUUAUUAAGUUUCAUUCAUUGUUUUUCCUAAUAAAUUUAUGUUAAUUGAUGUAAUUUUAAGAAAUAAAAUAAACUAUUUUA